AUGUACAAAGUGGCACUGGAACAUAAUAAUCAGCAAAUUAUAUACCAAAAACUUUUGCAAGUCACUAAACACACGUUAAACUAUAAACAAUUGCACAAAAUAGAUGACGAGGAACAAAAAAUAAUGAUGGAUUUAGAAUAUGAUAUAAUAAGUGCAUGGAAUUGGUCUUAUAAAUUAAUAUCUAGAGUUGAUUCCCCAAACGUAUUUUAUUAUUUGAUUAAUGAUGACCAAAAUUUAUUAGAAUUUAACUCCUAUAUUAAAUUUGGUAAUUACUCAUUAGAUGAAGAACAUACUCUUAAAAUUUAUUCAUCAGAAGAUUUGACUGACUCGUAUGAAUUUAAAUGGUUUACAAACUAUGAAAAAACAGCAUUCAAGCUUUUAUAUAAACAACGAGAAAUAAGAGGCUUAGUGCAUUAUAGUUUGAACAGUAUAAAAGGAGGAUACAAUUUUAUUUAUUCGGGACGAUUGUGGUUAGAUUUUAUUUCUGACCCAAAUUCAGAAAGUACUUUAUCAAUAAAUACUUACUAUUCACUUAAUGAAGGACUUUCUACAGCCAGUGACAUAAAAAUAUGUAUACCGAUAUUUAAUGAAAAGGAAAUGGGUGUCAAUACCGCUGUCCAGAUGUUUAAGAACUGGGAAAAUCCAUUAAGUAUUCAAUUAGAACUUGACAUUUUUCCCACUACAGAUCAAACAUUAAAACUCCGUUCUAGUUUAAAUAGAGACGUUCAAGAUAGUGGAGUUUUGUAUUCUGCCUCGCUAUUAGCUCAAAGCGAUGGAAUGCAAUUAGAUUAUGCAUUUAAAGAUUCUAUAUAUGUUUCAAGUGAAAAAUGGGGAAAAUAUUUAGAUGCACGUUUUAUUGAUAAGAAUAAUACAAUUAGACCUAUUCAAGUACAUUUUGAAUUAGUGCCUAGAGGAUUUACUAACAAAAUGAACAUUUUUGGUAUUGCCGAGAUCGACGUUGAUUCGUCAAUUAUGGUCAAAGACGGAGUUUUGAAUACACGAACAAACAUAAAGUACAAUGAUCAUCCAUAUUCCUUUGAUAUUUCAUUAACCUCAAAUCCAAGUUUCAAAUUCAUAAUGGGAUGGGAAGAUAAAACGGGAAGUCAUGAACAGCUGAUGGUCGAAGGUUCUAUUGUUAUGGAUGAUUCUGCUGUUAUUAGUGUUACUCGUAUACUAAACAAUGGUAAUGACGUCAUGCCUGUGGGAUAUAUAAAAAAAUCCUUAGACGAACAAAAUUGGUGGGAUACAAGUAACCAUUUGAGUACAGAUCACUCUAACGAAAUUUGGCAAUCAUUAAAGGGACAAUUCAUCGAAAUAUUUAUAAGUGUACACAGCAAUAUGAAAAAUAUAAUAUCUGUGGCCAAAAAGCAGCGUAAAUUACGCUUGCAUGAAGCAAGAAAAGCUCAACCACAAUAUCGUGCAUUGAAGGAAUAUACUCGCGACAUGUGUGAUCAAAUACUUAAUGAAGUCUUGGAAGAUGAUUAUUUACUACAAAUACCAAUGUUGAUACAAAAUACCACAGAAGCUGUAUUUUCCGAUGUUAUUGAUUUUAUGAAUUAUAACAGUGACUACUUCAUAAACUCGGUUAGGCAUCUAAAUGGACGUAUGGGAACUAAUUUAAAGAAAAUUUAUAAGUAUUAUGCAGAUAAUGCAAAUGUACUCUUAAAUAAAUUGUCACAUAAUAUUGAUGAAUUAAUCGAUCAAAUGGAGCUUACUUUACUGGACUUAUUUAGACAGUUAAAUCUAUAUACUGAUGAACCUGUGAAUGAAAUGCAGUCAUCAGAACCUCGUUCUGUUAAAGAGUACUACAAUAAAAUGAUGGAUAAAUUUAUGAAAGCGAUCGAGAAACUUGAAGAUUCAAUAAAAAACAUUAAAGACUUAACAGAUGAUUAUAUAAAGAGCUUGCCGAUUUAUGACAUGUUACACGAUCAAAUUGAAAAAUUAAAAUCAUACCCUUACAAAGAGAAAGUAUGGGAGGAAAUACAUAACUAUUUGCAAGACCUAGAAAAUUUAGCUCCGACCAGAGACUUCGGUAGUUUUAUCAAUGCUUUGGAUAAGUACAUAAAUAAUAUCAUUCAUGACAUACCGGUGAGCCAAAGAGAGAUAAUAACCCUGAGGAAUAAAGGACUUAUAGUCGUGAAGUCAAUGAUAUUUGAUUUUUCAAAUUACGUAGAUCACGAAAGAGCAAUGAAUAUGUAUAAUGCAUUACGUAAACUUACUACUUUUGGCCAGACUAUUCUUCACAUAGCUUCGCCAAACACAUUCCAAUAUCCAACCAAUGAAAAUCCUUUGUUAAUUGACUUCAAUGUAUAUUAUCAUAAAUAUUUGAAUCCAUCGAAUUUAAUACCACCGUUCGAUGCGCAAAGUGUUAUUAUCGACUCCAUCAAUAUAAUUACAUACAAUGGUCAACCCUACAGCUUCAUGCCAAACACCGGUCAUUAUAUGUUGGCCGAGGAUUUUGUAAACAACAAAUUUUCAAUACUUGCUGGUUACAAGAAUAACAUUUUAACAAAAAUAUCGAUUUCAAACUAUAAUGGUGAACAAUACGUACUGGUUUCCGGAGGAAGUAUCACCGUUAAUGGAAAAAAUGCAGAUUUUCCACUUAUAAAUGACAAUUUAAAAACAUGGAGAGAUGUGUAUUUCUUUGGAAUGGAUAUUUCUGUUGGUGUCAGUAUCAAAUGCACUUUGGAUUUAAGCAUUGUUCAAGUGUCUAUUAAUGGAUACUAUUAUGGUCAAGUUCAUGGUUUACUAGGAUCAAUGUAUCAAGAACCUACAUUUGAUUUAAAACUACCUAAUGGAGAAUUACCCGAUGACAUGGCAUCAUUUUUGCUGGCGUACAGACAAAUAGGAAACACCGAACCGACUAAUAUUGAUUUAUUACAAACCGACGAUCCACUAUGUUCCAGCUUGUUCUCUGGAAAAUCUUCUCUAAAACCGUUCUUCCAAACUAUAGCACCAGCAGCGUAUAGAUCGAUUUGCAACCAAAUCGUUUCUACAGCUGUAUCUGAACAAGACAGUUUGAAUAAAGCUUGUUUAGUGGCAAAAGCUUUUGUGAGCCUGGCCAGACAAAACUAUAUGUCAAGUUGUAAUAUUCCAGAUAUGUGCAUAACGACUUCGGUACAUACACGAACGAUAGACGCUACGACAAAUGUUCAAAUAUCUGAUCCAAAAGACGUAGCAGAUAUAAUGAUUUUGUUCGAAGAGGUCGUAGAAAUUGAACAAACAUUUUCAUUAAUGUUGGAUCCAUUCAUAAAAAAAGUUACGAACAAUUUUAACAGCAAAGGAAUAAAUGACGUCAAAUUUAUUCUUAUUGGAUACUCUGGUAAAAGUACAGAUUCUGAAGUGCAUAUGUAUACAAUUAACGAGGAAGAUGGUUACAACAAGUUAUUGAGUAACUUACCGGAAUGGACAGAAUCUCAGACCACCACCGAAACAGAGACAAGUAUAAUGGAAUCUCAACAUAUGCAUUCGUUUAGAAAAGUUAUGGGUAAAAAUUCAAAAGACAAAGCAUACAAACUUUCGGCCGAAUACCCAUUCAGAGCGAAUGCUGUUAAAGUCGUCUUGUCCAUCGCAAAAUCUCUAUACAGCACUCAAGAAUCCGUUUACAGCGUAUCUCAGUACACGUUCAACUACGUAUCAUCAUGGUACAUGAAACAAGGUAUCAUGUUUUACCUGAUCGCCCCCAUAAAUCUGAGUGAUGCUUCGGACGAUGGCAUUUUCGGAGCGAGUGGUUUGAACAAGAUUUAUACAAGUACAUCGCCGAAUGGUAAAUACAGCGACGACGGGUAUACUUACGACCAAUCAAUGGAGACAAAUUUGGUGUUAGAGACUGGCGGGACCAUGUACGAUUCUCAGUAUUUCACCGACACCUCGAGUGCACAUUUGAACGCUUUCUUGAGGUCGUUGUGCAGAACCGUUGUGGGCAUGUCCGUUAGUGAUGCAGCGAUCCCGAUGAGUUGUUCCAGUUCGUUGUACGACGGAGUGAUGCCGUACGCGAAGUGCGUUCUCGUCACGAGCUGA